AUGAAACCAAGAGAUGGCGAUGGAACCGAAACAGACACAGAAGGAAGCGUCAGUUUCGCCGGCGACGCGCCCCCGGUGACCGGCAGCGAGGACCCGGCGGGCUCUUGGGACGCCGAGACGUGGAGUGAGGCCGGCAGCUGGAGCCAGCAGGGCUCGGAGGCCGAGGAGCAACCCGCGGACCAGCCCGGAGGUACCGGCGACCAAGAGGGCGGUGACCGCGGCGGUGCCGAGGAACCCAUGGGGGACGACACGGGCCCGCCGGUCGAUGGCUACCCGGUCAUGGUCUUCAUUCACGGCGAUGGCUUUAAGGAAGGAUCGGGGAGCAUGUAUGAUGGCAGCGUACUCGCCAGUUACGGGGACGUCAUUGUUGUCACUUUUAACUACCGUCUCGGAAUUUUAGGUUUCCUGAGCACAAAUGACGGGGCGGCAAGAGGAAACUACGGCCUGCUGGACCAGAUACUGGUCUUGAAGUGGAUCAACCAGAACAUCCAGAGUUUUGGUGGAGAUCCCCGUCGCGUGACUGUGUUUGGCGUCGGCUCAGGAGCAGCGUGUGCUGGAAUUUUGAUGGUGUCAAAUAUGACUUCAGGUCUUAUAUCUGGAGUCAUAGCGCACAGUGGUUCAGCCAUUGCCCCGUGGGCAAUCACGAGAGAACCUCGCAAGUUCGCCAAGAUGGCGGCCACCGAGAUAGGCUGCGAAGCACCAACCACCUACCAAAUAGUGGACUGCUUACGACAGGUCCGAGCCGAGGAGUUCCAGCUCCUGGACGUAGAGGCCCCGCUCUACUACAACGCCUUCGCCCCGACGGUGGACGGCGGCGUGCUCGAGGACCACCCCGCCGUGCUGUUCCAAGAAAUCUCCCGCGGCCAGAGGAAGAUGAGCUGCGCCGGCUGCUCCUACAUGACGGGAGUGACCAGGAGCGAGGGGUUCAUGUACGUCGGCGAGGACGCGGACGGGGCUGGUAAGCUGGACCCCGAGGUCUUCAAUCACAUCCUGGACGGGUUCGUGCAGAACAACUACGGUAGCAAUAUGCAUGCUGGUAACGUCAUCAAGAAGGCAAUCUACUACGAGUACAUCGACUGGGGCGGCGGAGAGGGCAACCCUUUCACGCUGAGCGAGAGCGCCAUUGACAUCAUCACCGAUGACCUCUGGGUGACCCCGGCCAUCAGGUCACUCAAGAUUGCCGAAGUGAUGGGACUGGACACGUACCUCUACACCUUCGGCCACCGCUCCAAGAUGGACGCCCACCCCAGAUGGGCAGGAUCUGUUCACCUGUCCGACAUGCCGUUUGUCUUUGGUUCCCCGUUGAUACCCGGCCCUCUUGGUAUCUUCAUGGAGAACUUCACUAAGGGCGACGCUUCGGUCAGCCUGGCCGUCAUGACUUACUGGACCAACUUUGCCAAGACAGGGAACCCAAAUAGACCAGUGCCCCAGACUCCUAGGAAGAUCCACCGGCAUUACAAGGUGGCAUUCCCGUACGAGACCCUGGAUCCCUGGCCUACGUACAACGACGGCUCGCAGCAGUUCAUCCACAUCGGAAUCUCCCCGAGGAUCCGAGACUUCUACCGGCUGCACAAGAUCUCCUUCUGGGAGGAGCUAGUGCCAGAGAUCAGCCGCGCGUUCCCGGCCGACGUGGUGCCGCACUACGUGGCCCCCACCCAGCCCGCACCAACCGGCAUGACCACCAUUUCGGAUCCCGGCCCACUGACCACUUCAGCGGCGCCCCGGACCACUGACGCUAGCAAUGAGAUACCGAACAAUGUACCCACCGCAUCGGCGGCGGUAUCACAGGGUAACGAGAUACCGGUGGGCCCUGUAAAACAGGACGAACCGUCCGAGCAGAACUUCAAAGUUGAGCUCAGCGUCGUCAUUGCGGUGGGAGGCUUUCUCUUGCUUCUUAACGUCCUCGUCCUAGGAACUAUAUAUUACAUGCGGGACCGGCGGAAGCUGGAGACCAAGUUGGCUGCGAAAUACCUGGCGCAACAGGAGGAACGGAGGCAGCAGCAGAAGAUGUCCGAGGGGGCGGGAAGCCGGCUGGCCGCCGCCAACAACCACGGAACGGCCUCGCCCGCACACCGCGGACUCAAUCACAACAUGAACAGGAACAGUGUUACCUUCGGCAAUGAUGGGGUCAUUGAGUUCCAAGUAUAAUCUCUUCCAGCAGUAUAAUCGCUUCUCGUUCACACCCAUCACCCGUUGGAAUCCCUUCUGAUGGCGGCCAGAGCAUACUGCCUGGAACGAUGAGUUUCCACCGGUUUUUCUUGGAACCAAGCAAGCUCACCGAAUAAGGUUUCAUGUCAAAGAGUGCAACCGCAAACCUAUUCUCUUACUGGCUUUACCAUGCAAACCUUCAAUUCAUAUACCCAGAACGAUGCUUAUCUAAAACACCUCCAUCACCAACACGGACCUAUUCAACACUUGGAGGCAGCAAACACGUUUCCAUGUUGGUUUUAGCAAACAGAGUUCUGUAUCGAGGGGUUCUAAACACCAGUUUUUGUCUCCUGAAUUUGCUUCCGGCUCAAGCAAAUUCAUGAUGAUAGACCUCUGAAUAACCACCUGGAGGUCCAGUUACUAACGCAGUAUCCAACAAGGUUUGGAAAAUGCCAGCUGUUCAAAAUACUCAUCAAAAUAUAAUUUGGUGCUGGAUAACCACAGAAGGUAACUUAACAAACUUCAUCAAGACCUGUAUAAGCCUUAAACUCGGUAAGGGCAGAACGUUUUCGCUUACAAAGUAACGAAGUUCGCUAUCAUCUCACGAUCAGUGUUUGUAUUAUAAUAAUGCUAACUGUGCCACGACAAUAAUACAUGUGAUGUAAAAUUUCUCAUAUUUUGUGAUUUAAUAUUAUACCUGUAAGGACUAUAAUGCGUCGGUAUUGAUGCAUCAUUCUUGGUACAACUUUCCUGUUGAUAGGAAAAGGGGUGUGACAUCCGAUAGUGAAUAGGGGCAGAAAGGCGCCGUGCUGGUUUUUUUUUGGGGGGGGGGGAUACAGCCAGUCGAAAUGUGAAAAACUACAAUUCAAUCAAAUAAACUGUUAUCGUCAAAUUUGUAAGUUUAGGAUUAAACUUAAAAUGUAACGUGUUACACUCCCCGUAAUUUCGGAUUGAACACUCGUUUUAGAGUUUAGUUCAGUAACCAAAUGGUCAAAUCGAACAACAAAAUUAUAUCUUGCCCUGAAGCCGUCACAGUCACAGACGUUCCGGCCAUUAAUGAAUACGGUUGGUUGUUAUGCAUUGUCGUUAUGGUUUAUGGGGCGUUAACUGUUUUUUUUUUUUAAAUAAUUUUGUACAUAAUUGUGUAGAUAAGUUGUAUGUAAUCGCGUAUACUAAUUAAUGUUUUGCAUCUCAUGGCAAGAAAAUUAUGUCCUUUUUAUACGUGCCGAUUGAAAUAUCUGAAAAUGUUUCUAUACAAGUUUCACUAAAAAUGGUGUACCGUUGUUUGUAUAUCUUGAUAACUACUUUAGUAACUUUCCAAUUUAUAGUGUAUGUGUGUAGUCAGUAGGCCUAGAAGGUAAUUAUCAUAGCCUCUCUUGCCUAUAACCGUAACCAACCUAGCAGCAAAAUCAAAAUUAACUCCGUUCACAUCUGUACUUACGUUUAAACACGUGUCCAUGCUUGAUGCUAAAAUAUCAGAUGGAUUGGCAUUGCAGACGAGGGCCCCAGUGCUUCAUGGUCUGUGGCGAGGAUGAAAGGUUAAUCUGUACUGAGAGGUUAGUCAGCUAUGAUGUACUUAUAAUCCAUGCAAUCCAAGCUGAAGCUCUCAGAAGCCUUGAGCAUCAAAAUAUCAUUUGAUGCUCGUCUGUCAUCAUCAUAAUAAUCAAUAUUAGUUUUGCCCUUCACCGACGUAUAAACACUGUAUAUACUCAGUGUGUUACCUCCCGAGUGAAAGCUUGGAAAAAAAAUCACCUGCAUGGGUGGGACUCGAACUGUCUCGAACCCAUGACCUCCUGCCUGAUCUAGUGCAGACGUAGACGUCUUACAACUGACCACCGAGCUUGCAAGAUGGGUUGGCUGGUUCGCAUCUAGUGUAGCAGCGGGUACCGCAAUUUAACCACCUAUAGGCUUAUUUAUCAUCAUAAUUUUCAUCUCCACCAUCGCCUUCGUCUUUUAUAUCACAAUAUCGCUACCUUGGGCGUAUUUAUGAAGCGCACAUGUCCAUCAGUAUUGGUGCUCAGGGCGCUACAUCAUUACCCCCUGCUGCUUGCAUGGACCCAUGAAAUAUUCCACAGACCAUCUCAGUAUAGUAGCCUACCUGUCCGAUAUACAAGCUCGAGGUGCUGGCAUUUCGGCGUAAAACAAUGAGCUAAAAACUCAGUCAUAUAGUAUAACCAUCUGCACGGGUACCCAUUCACUCCUGGCCGGUUGGGGAGAAGAAAGUAGUAACAAAGUGCCUGGCCUGAGGACACACGUAUACCACAACCCCAGGCUGGACUCGAACCCACAACCUGCAGAAUACCCCACAGAACUUUUACUAACCUCGAGGCCACGGCACUUCACCCCCUCCCCAUUCAUCAUCAUUCGAACUAUCGUCAUUAUCCUAA